AUGCAAUCAUACUUAUACUUAUUUACAACCCGAAUACUUCUGAACAGAUUUUUUGUAGAUGGUUUUACGUUCGGAGAAAAAGCCUCGUAUUUUUUCAAUGACAGCGAAAUAGACGGCGGGCAGGUCCUCUGCCGUCGGCGAGGUCAAAAACCAUACAUCACCAACGCCUGCCAUCGACACACCACAGCCGCGCUGAUGGCGAAAUAUACUUACUUGCAGCACGCCAUGAGUUUUGAUAAAAUUAACAGCACGAAAGCGAAUGUGAUGUGUAGUGUGCUUUUCAAACCUGUUGCACUACAUGCUGCAUUUGCACACGACUCGUAUUUGCUUCAUUAUGAUAUCGACGGCCAGGGGGCUCUUACAUAAUCUACCGCUUCAAGGAUCCAUGCAAACAGAUUAUAGGCCAUUCUCAAUGUGAUACGGUGGAAGUGUUUGGCUUCUAAGAAUGUAGUUUUGACAGUAACGGAUAUGACAGUAACGAAGAACAUCAUCCUGUCAAACUAUAGUAUUUGCCAAUCGAUAGGAAAUGUAGUGCGAGCAUGCUUUUCGCUGAGCGUUCUUCUUCUUGCGUUACCACAGCUUUUGUACGCCUUUGCUCGUGCAGGUUUCAGAGCUGUUACGCUCAUGUUCUCCUGUGCUGCUGUAGGGCUGCGAAAUUCCUUGAGGCAACGGGGAGAGAUAAGCCCACGCAGACACGUCCCGCUAUGUGUGUAGCAAGCUAUGUUGAGGUCACCGCACUUACUAGCCACGAGAUACUAGUACACAAAUUGUAUUUUUAUCCAAAGCAAAAAUAGCAACAUGGCACAGUGGUCCAAGCCUUUCUAUACGGUUCCGUCAUAAGAUCUGUUCAGAUCAGGCACGACCACGAAGGAGAAGAGGCAUAGAAUGUAAAUGCAAGUACUCCUUUCCGCUUUCGUGGCACUUGCUGUCGCACUGCCCGAAUUUAUUGCUUUACGUACUUUCAUAGUUUUUUCUUUCAAUUUGAGACAGCGAAACAGAUACGCAUUACGAAAAUUUGACGUAGUAUUCUAUUUUUGUAUAUUGUUUGCGAAAUUCAAAUUUCUAUCCUUCUCUGGUCUCAAUGUGCUUCUGUACUACUCGUUCCGAUGAAGUUCGUGCGGAGGCACAAGGAGAGUCCAGCCCAAGACCUUUGUUUGUUCGCAAAAAAGCGAAAGCGCUUACGUAGCUUGAGCAGCCGACCCGGAGCAUUGAUUGUUUUGAAGAGUAAAAUAAAAGAAAAAUGUGUUAGCGACGCAUAAAAAACUUUGCAACUGAUAGAGAUAGCCGCGAGCACAGAUACCUAAAGCUGAACAAAAAAGGGGUCCUAAGAUGCAAUAAAGCCCGUCAAGAUCAUUGGUGUAAUAAAGUAACCAAGCUACCCCCGAGAUGUAGCGCGCUAAUUUUUUGCUCCUUUACAAUGUUCGGGCAGGGGAGGUUUUGAACUGAGCAGAGAUGCUUUGAACGAGACGCAAGCAUUUGUUCUACCCUAUUUACCUGCCUUGAGUCGUUUCGGCUCAUUUUCGGCAGGCACGCAUCUUCCUCUAGUACUUUCCACUACUACGAUUUUGCUACAUGCAUGUCGUGGGUGUGGUCUGUGGUUUUCGAAGAUGAGGGGUUUUUCUGGCUUCAAAGCAAUGCAAUAGAUACAGUGGCUUUUCUUUGUUUUGGAACACAUAAAAACUGUGCCUGAUACUAGAUGCUGUAACGCCGUCCGCAGCCUGUGCAGAGCGGCUUUUGCGCAGUCUCACUAACAUGGCCAAAAAAAGGAUCCAAUAGGAGCUGGUAGAGAUAAACAUGCACGAGGUCAUUAUGGUAUACUUAUCGGCAAAACAAAUGUCACCGGAACAACAGCCAUGCUUUUAGGCAUCUCGUCAGACGCAGAGAUCGUGACUCAAACUUCCAUUUGGGAUUUCACUUUUCAAUAUAGUGCAAAGCCCCAAGCUUCUUCUGGGAUUUUACGAAGUGGUUUUGCAGCAGCUGCAGCUUCGCAAGGCAGAUUACCUCGCAGAGGUUCUCUUUAGUGGGUUUUCAACAGAUGAGCCGGACGUAGUUCGUCUCAGUAAAAAGAAACACAACAUGCUUAGGAUGGUUGCGAGCCUCUGUGUGGGUGCAUACAUUGUAUACUUCAUUUUGAUGCGAAAAAAACAGAAAAACUGCCUUCGUCGCGCAAACUGGAUUCACAGCCACAGUGUGAAGCAGCUCACCAAGGUUGGUUUGCCCCGGCUCCUGCCGUCGUGUUCCUGGCUGUCCUCUGUUGUUUGUCGGAGUGUAGUGGCCAAGCGGCGCAUGUUGUCAAGACCUGUAUUGUGUCG